AGGUAGUUAGGAACCAGGUUUUGCAUCCAGACCGACCUGGCUGCGCCAGCGAACUGUGUUUCCACAGGUGCCCGACGCGAAGCUCACUUUAACAAAGUCGACAGAGAAGAUGCGAAUAUUUACAUCGGUGACGACACCGAAGGCACCGCCGACGAGCGAGGCAAAGCGGAAGAGGCGCGGCCGGAAGCGGAAGGGCGGCAAGGCGUGAGCGGCGUCUCAGUUGCCAUGGAGACGGGGAGAGCAGGGGACCGGCUGUCCGCAGAGUCCGGGUCCUGCGCGUUCGGGGGCGCGACGUGGACGCCCGCCUCGCGUCAGGCCCGGGUCCGCAGCCCCAGCGAGUCCACCCGUCUGUCCUCGGUCGCCUGCUCCGAAGCCUCUCACUACGGCUUUGGGGGCCGGGCCCGCCGCGCGGGGCCCGCCGCGCUCCGGCCGCUCCCCGAGCCGCCACUGCUGCGUCUGCGCCCCACCUCGCUGCGCACCCAAGACAUCUCGCACUUGCUCACCGGCCUCUUCCUCAGCUUGUACACCAACGAGGUGAUCGGCGAGGACCUGAGCGCGAACUUGAUCAAGGCCCGCGGCAGCCAGGAUGCGCGCCACGAGGAAUUCGUGGACGAGCUUCGGCGGAUUCGGGAGCUCUACAAGCAGCGGCUGGAUGAAAUUGAAAUGUUGGAGAGACAUAUCAUUCAGGGCCGCGCACGAGCUCUUGCAGAGAAAGAACGGAUCAUGCAACAGGCCGAUGUGCAUGCCCAGGAGACCUUCAUCAAGAUGCCUCCAGUGAAGUCUAUCUUCAGAUGGUGUGUGGACAGUGUGUUGCUACAGAAGCAUCAUUUGAUCUGCCCGGAUGAUUACUACAGUGACACCGUACCAUUUUGCUCUGCACCUAAAGGCGUCUCUGUCCCUGGAUGUUCAAAACUCACAUUCAGUUGUGAGAAGCGUUCUGUCCCAAAGAAGCACCUGACCAAGAAGCUUGAAGAUCCCUGCAGGAAGAUGCUCACUAAGUCUGACGAGGAGCUGGACUACACUGUGGACAGCCCGACAUGGGACUCAUCUUUAGAGGCCAAGCGCAAGACUGUCCAGAAAACAGGUCCACCCACGAAUAAGAACUGGAUGAACCACUUACCUGUGCCCCAGAGAGAACUGGAGCGACUUCUGCUCGCCAGAAUGGACAGUCGAAUCCGCUUCCUCAAAAACCCCCGGUUUUUCCCUCCUAACACUCCACGUGGAGGCACGUCUCUCCUCUUUCCUCCGAAGAAGCCAGUGCUGACAGGAGACUUCCAGAGUGGAGAGCCGGUGGAGAGUUGUGCUGAUACUCCAGUGUUUCUUGCUAAACCAUCAAUCGGAUUUUUCACAGAUUAUGAAGUUGGGCCAGUUUAUGAGAUGGCGAUCUCGCUGCAGAACACCACCGCGGCCAGCCGCUGCCUAAGAGUCAUCCCGCCGUCGACGCCGUUCUUCGCGCUGGGAUUGGGGAUGUUCCCAGGAAAAGGCGGGAUGGUGGCCCCUGGGAUGACCUGCCAGUAUAUCGUCCAGUUUUCUCCCGACUGCCUCGGGGAUUUUGAUGAUUUCAUUUUAGUUGAGACCCAGUCAGCCCACACGCUCGUGAUCCCCCUGCAAGCCCGGAGGCCACCCCCAGUGCUGACAUUGUCACCGGUAUUAGACUGUGGCUACUGCCUCAUCGGGGGAAUGAAGAUAACCAGGUUCCUGUGCAAAAACGUGGGCUUCAGCGUCGGCAAGUUCUGCAUCAUGCCUAAAAAGAGCUGGCCGCCGCUGAGCUUCAGGGCUGUCGCAACCUUGGGCUUCGUUGAGCAACCUCCCUUUGGAAUCCUGCCUUCCAUGUUUGAGCUGGCUCCGGGGCAGGCCGUAUAUGUGGAGGUCUCGUUCCUCCCGACAAGCCUGGAAAAGGCAGAGCAGACCUUCAUCAUUGUGUGCGACAACUGCCAGAUAAAGGAGCUGGUGACCGUAGGAAUUGGGCAGCUGGUUGCUUUGGAUCUGAUCUAUAUUUCUGGCGAAGAAAGCCAGCCGGAGCCUGGAGAGCUUACAGACUUAACGGCCCAGCACUUCAUACGCUUUGAGCCGGAGAACGUUCAGUCCACAGCUAGAAAACAGCUCAUUAUUAGAAACGCUACGCACGUGGAGCUGGCCUUCCACUGGCAGAUCAUGAAGCCGAACCUGCAGCCCCUAAUGCCAGGAGAGACCUACAGCAUGGACAGCCUCAAGUACCACCCUGACAGGGAGACGGCCUUCUCCGUCCUGCCCGAGAGAGGGGUCCUCAGCCCCCACACGGACCACGAGUUCAUCCUGAGCUUCUCUCCUCGUGAGCUGAGGGAUUUUCACAGUGUGCUCCAGAUGGUGCUAGAAGAAGUCCCAGAGCCCACGAGCUUGGAAUUGGAAACCCUGAAGGAUUGCUCAUGCUCUGCGGAUGACGUCAUUGUCCUGGAAAUCGAGGUGAAAGGCUCGGUAGAACCUUUCCAGGUCCUCUUAGAACCGUAUGCCCUCAUCAUCCCCGGGGAGAACUACAUCGGUAUAAAUGUGAAGAAAGACUUUAAGAUGUGGAACAACAGCAAGUCCCCCAUCAGAUACCUGUGGGGGAAGGUCAGUGACUGCCACAUCAUUGAAGUGGAACCCUGCGCAGGGACCAUAGAGCCCAGCGAGGUGGAGGAUUUUGAGUUGAGCUUUACCGGGGGUGUCCCCGGCCCAACAAGCCAGGACCUGCCGUGUGAAAUCCAAAACUCACCCUCACCGGUGGUGUUACACAUUGAGGCGGCCUUUAAGGGGCCGGCCCUUGUCAUCAAAGCCUCAGCCCUUCAGUUUGGUUUGCUACGCCUGGGGCAGAAAGCCACCGACACCAUCCAGAUCCAGAACAUCAGCCAGCUCCCAGCCACGUGGUGCAUGAAGGAGAGCCUGGUGUGCCUCCAAGGAAGGCAGGAGAGUGUGUCUCCCUUCAACAUUGAGCCCUCGGGCGGCCAGAUCCCUGCUCUGGGGGAGUGCAGGGUGACCAUCACCUUGGAGGCCAAGCAGUGCCAGCGCCUGCAGACCGUCCUGGAGCUGGGGGUGGUAAACGGAGCCUGGAGCUACCUUCCUGUAUACGCCGACGUACAGGAGCCCUACGUGUACCUGCCAAACAGCCACGUGGAAGUCAGCAACCUGUACCUGGGCGUGCCCACCAAGGCAACCAUUAGACUCAUCAAUGGCACACUCCUGCCCACCCGCUUCCGCUGGGGCAAGCUGCUGGGGCACCAAGCAGACUUCUGCACGGCCAAGGUCUCCCCGAGACGUGGCACGCUGGGUCCCAGUGAGGAGCGCCAGCUCAGCCUGGAGUUCACUGCUCACACCCAGGACGAGCUGAGCCAUCUGGCCCUCCCUUGUACCGUGUCGGGCAUGAAGGAGCCAGUGGUCCUGGGCAUUUCUGGGAAACCCCAGGGACUGCAAGUGGCUAUUGCCAUCUCUGCGGAGGGCUCUGACGGCAGCGUUUCCAGCACAGAGCUGUGGCCGGACCACCUGCAGGAGCUCCGCCUCGACUUUGGCUCCACGGUGCCUCUGAGGACCCGCGUGAACCGCCAGCUCAUCCUGACCAACCGCUCCCCGAUACAGACGCCCUUCACCCUCAAGUUUGAGUACUUCGGGGGCCCCCCAAACGGCCCGAAUCAGAAACCCAGCCUCCCCGACGUGCCCCCUGCCCUGCUGAAGACGUCGCGGAUUCGAGAACGCUUGGCCAAGCGAGAGCAGCUGAAUUUUAUGGAAAGCCUGUUGUCUCAUGGGAAAGGAGCUGCCUUCUUUCCCCACAUUUCCCAGGGCAUGCUGGGGGCCCACCAGCGGCUGCGCAUCGACAUCACGGGCUAUGCAAACAUGUGGGGCGAGUACUGGGACGACCUCAUCUGCACGGUGGGCGACCUGCCACCAACAGUCAUCCCGGUGCAUAUGGCGGUCGUGGGCUGCCCCAUCAGCUCCCUGAGGACCACUUACUAUACCACUGACCAGUUGCAGAAGGAGCCUGUCAUCAGGUUCGGCACCCAGGUCUCCGGAGGAGACACAGUCACCCGGGUCCUUCGCUUGAAUAACUCCAGCCCCUGUGGUAAGAGGCUCACGAGAGUCUACCUCAUGAACCUGAGUGGCUGUCGGAGCUACUGGGCCGUGCUGAUGGGUCGGCAGGAGCCAGACGACGACCCUGGGGCCUUCAGGGUAUCUCCAAGCAGUGGGCUGCUGGAAGCACGACUGGUCAACGCACCCCCAAAUACCAUCACCCUCCAAGUUUUCUUCACUGCCAGGAGCAGUGAGCUGUACGAGUCCACGCUGGCGGUGGAAGGUGUGCUUGGUGAGGCGGCUUGCACCCUGCGGCUCCGAGGCCAAGGCUCUUAUGACGAGAGAUACAUGUCACCCCACCAGCUCUGAGGCUCUGCCCUCAGCCCCCAGCUUCGGAAAUAAAACAUGACCCAGAGCCGGGGAACAGA